CCAGUGCGGGCCCUCGCCCUCAGUGAGCAAGGCCGGGCAGCUGGGGAUGUGAAAGGUUACACAUAAAACGCCUGAAAGGUUACAGUCCUCCCAGAAACGUGGCUUUACAUUGUCCACCCUACAGCCAUCGUCAUGGUGAGUGAAUACCCAGCUGUUGGCAUUCCCAGAUGUGGUCCAGCAAGUCCGUUUAAAGGACACUUGAGUACAAAGAGUAAUGCUUUCUGCAUCGACUCCUCCCGAAGUCUAACUACCCAGUACCUGAUCAGAGAUCACAUGGUGUUUCAUUAUAACAAAAUCCUUUCAGCCAAAGCAGCUGUAGACUGUUCAGUGCCCAAAAGUAGGUUGACCAGCAUCAAACUUGCUGACCAGCAAAGAAGAGAGAGACUGAAAAAGAAGAUAGCCAGGUGUGAAGAGGAAAUGAGUGUUGGUAAAACUGCCUCCCGAUCCAGCUCAAGAGAGAGUGGAAGGCUGCUGCCAUCCUCUUUUGGAAAGAGUUUCUUGGAAGCAGAAGACAAAGAUGGUCUCUUCCCCUAUGCUCAGCACGCACAGUACCUAUCAGGAGCGCUCUCUCCUUAUGGCGAGCAUGGCUUGGUUCGCUCCAGUCCAGUAAGAUAUGCCAGAAGAAGUUCUCGGAACACAUCUAAUGCAUCUAACUCAAACUCAAGUGUCACUACAUCAAGUACACCAAGAAAACGCUCUGGACUUUCAUGCAGUUGCUCCACUGAUAGUUUUGUGAGCACUAGUCAUUCCCAGAGGCAUCAAGGAAGCAACUCCAAAGUACGCAGUGGGGAUCUUCUAGACAGGCACUCCGAAUUCUUUACUGGUAGCCGAAAACCUUUUACUCCACGCACCUUAAUAUCAGAUGCUAAAUCUUUCCUGUCAGAGUACAGGUAUUACACUCCUGCUCGAAGGAGAAGGAAAAAUCACUGCAAGCAGCAUGUGGAAGCUCAAACGCAGACCGAUGUGAUCAGCUUUCCAUCUGCAGACAAAGCAUCUGGGAGAAAAUUUGUGAGUGAACAGCAGAAGAUCACAUUGAAGGCUGAAGGUAGAAGAUAUACUUUGGAUGAGCCCGAGAGAGAAAUAGCUGCUUUUCCGUACUCCUUCCUAAGAGAGACGUCGUCGUAUUCUCAGCGGCCUUCAGCAAGGAGGACUAUCGAGACUGAAGAAGAGGAGCUUUUAUAUUUAGCUUUCAUUGAAGAUGUAACAAACGAUAUUCUUAACCUUGGGCUGUUUUCUAACAGAGUUCUGGAAGAACUGUUUGAGUGUCAUAUUCAAGAAAAUAAGACCCGUUUGGAUGAGAGCAAGAUGCGCCACUUGUUGGAUGUGCUGAAAGCAGACCUGGGCUGCAACGCGGGCAGUGGUGCAGAGCAAAUCCACCCAGGCUGGGGAGCCUUCGACUCACUGGAUCUGCAAGAGUUUGACGCGAUGGAAGAGCUUGAGUUUACCAGUAAAAGUCAGAGGCAAAGAAAACCUACAAAAAGUGAAGAAUUCUUUGGGACCAUGGAAUUAUCGUUAAAGGAACCAAACAAACGUGAAUCACCAGUGUGCAGGGGAAGUUCAAAGGAGACACAGAACAAGGAUGACUUUUCAGAAGAUGUCGCUAAAAUGGUGGAUGCUGGGACAGAGUCUCACUCUUGUGUGGAAGCUGAAGAAGAGCCAGACACUUCACCCUCAUGUGGGGCAACUUUACAUUUGAUUACUUGUGACACUGAUUUGGAAACCAACAGGGAACUUGAUGAUCUUGAAGAAACCUUUGCAGAGGCCCUUCAGAUCUCACACGACUAUUCCUAACAGUAGCCAAAAUAUAGCUGUUGAAGAGGGAUGGAGCUAGUUCUGUGGAGAACUGCCACUUGUUAAAUAGUAGUAAAUUAUUUAUUUUCAGUUUAUUUCUGUUAAAACACUGCUAAAGUCUUUCUAGCAGGGUAUUUAUUAAUUAGGCAUUAAUUAACAUCUGUAAUGUAGACUGUAAAGGGUAGUUUUGGUUAUCAAAUUUUGUAUAGUUUGUCUAUAAUUGUAUAACUCAGGACUAACUUUUGAGAAUAUUGAAAUAGAUAUAUAUUUUUAGAAAGCUGUAAUAGCACGUUACAAAAUAUUUAUUGUUUUUUAUUUAUAAUAAAUAAAUCGAUUGGUAACACAUUGCUAGUGCAGCUGUGGUCCUGCUAUAAAGAUCCAAGAUCUUUUUAGUCUGCAAGAAUUCAAUUUAUCCACACCAAAACAUGGUAUAUUACAUACCUGCAGGGCAGGGAUGGAACUGUUUGUCCAUCCUGGAAGAAGGUGGCAUUUUUUUCCUCUCUGAACGUUCCGUCCAUUUUUUGACGUUAAAUCCCAUUGAGGCAUGAAGUUCAUACAAUCAACGUUUUUUGCUUUUACAAUAUCUGGAGAAGAUAAGAAACAUACCUUUUCCUUGCAUUACCUAAAGGAAUGAGUGUGGACAGGCAACUUUCCGAACAUAAGAAUUUCUUUUGGUGGGGGUAGAUGAUCAUUCCUUCUUCAGCCCUCAUUCCUUCAGCCGUGAAUUCCUUCCUCAGCCGUGAAUUCGAUUCAUCUUAUUCCUUGUACCAAGGGGAAUAAAGAGCCGUUUUGCAGCACCGGCUGCGCUCAGUCUUUGCCUCACCUCCCAUCAGCUUUCCUGCCUGAAAAGGACAUUUAUCUCUAGCUACUGCAUAUGGCAGCUCUUGAGCUAUUUAAUCCUAGUUGUCCAUGAUUCAGCUGAUGUUUCUGGAAAGCGAAGGCUGCAGCAAUUUUCAACCUGCGCAACACUAAAAUACACAGUUCAAUUUCUUGCACUAAUGACAACCUUGGCAUAGUGUUAUGCAUCAAGCUUUAGUUUUGAAAAAACAUCGAGUUAGUCAUCAGUCAGUACCUAAGACUAGUAGAAGACCCAUCAGGCAUCUCGUACAGCAAAUGGAGAAAAGGUGGUCUAUUUUAUGAUUAGAGUUUACAUUGACGUUAGCCUAUGCAAAAUCAGCCCAAAUUUCUGUGUGUAAUCAGUACAGCUAUUACCUGGCAUCCACGUUACUGCAGAACGAGCUCACCAUGAGGUUCUGAGGAAGUGCCAGGAAGUUGUAUUGUCUUCUGUAGGUGAGGAACUGUAAGAAGCCUGAGGAAGCAGAUAAACCCUGUCCCCAAAUAGCGCUUAGGGCUGGCCUAAAUCUGCUUCCUCCAAGGACAAACCCAAGUGGUUGCAGUUUGUCAUGGUUGGGGCUGGGCUGGCCACUAACCAAACAACAGAUACUGUCUUUCUCUCUCUCUCUCCCUUCCCAGAAGAGAAGGGUGAGAAAAAAAGGGAGAGAGACUUACCGAUUGAAAAGAAAAUUAAAACUACUUUAAUAAU